UCCCCGUCCCCACCACUGGUCUUCCACCUUGUUCCUACCCGGUUACGAAGCUCCUCCCCAGCGACUGAGAGACGGAGAGGGGUCAGGGCUGGCAGAGCAGAGGCAAAUAGGGACUGCAGAACAGGGCCCUUGCAGUUGGUGCCGGGGCGGGAGGUCGGAGCGGUCAGCCAGGGGUCGGACCGAAGGAGACCACCGUGGGACAGCAGGGCCCUCAGGGAGAGGCUGUUGAGGAAACUCAGGGUGUACUGGCCACGGGCACCGUGGGGGUGCCUUUCAUGGUUUUCCCCGCUUUCCAGUCUUAAAGCUGAGAAAUAGCUCCCGUCAGGCGUUCAGGGGCCGUCCUAGGACGGGACCGUGCUCCUUCAGCCCAGGGACACUGGAGAGGGCUGCCGUGGCCCUCGCGGGGCGGAGUGAGCCGAGGCCGAGGGGGCGACGAGAGCGAGAGCGCCCUCCCUGGCCGUCACAGGCCUCCGGAGUCGCCCCCUCUGCUGAGUGGGUCUGGUUGCCCCUGGAGAGGGGACGGGACGACGCCCCUAGGCUUGGCCCCUGAUCCGCCUACAUGUGGCCGCUGACAGGAGCCCUAGAGGGAGCAGGCAAGGGGCGCGGCCUCGCAUCCCCGCCUCCCCGCCUCCCGGGUGCCGGGGCUGGCGAUGUGGAGACGUGAGGGGACCCGCCGGCUGCCCCGGCUUCUGCAGGCUUCUGCGGCCAGGCACCCGCGUAUCCCUGGGCGCCCACGGGAGGAGAGGCGCUGGGCAGCGAGCGGAGCUGGCGCCUGGGGCUCGCCAUGGGGCAUAACGGGAGCUGGAUCCCGCGGAACGGCAGCGAGCCACUCAACACGUCGGGUGCCCAGGCGGUGGGCGCGAACCAUACUGCGCCCGGGGAGCUGGGCGAGGCGCAUCUCUACCGCCAGUUCACCACCACCGUGCAGGUCGUCAUCUUCGUAGGCUCGCUGCUUGGAAACUUCACGGUGUUAUGGUCAACUUGCCGCACAACCGUGUUCAAAUCUGUUACCAACAGGUUCAUUAAAAACCUGGCCUGCUCGGGUAUUUGUGCCAGUCUGGUGUGCGUGCCCUUCGACAUCAUCCUCAGCACCAGUCCUCACUGUUGCUGGUGGAUCUACACCAUGUUCUUCUGCAAGGUCGUGAAAUUCCUGCACAAAGUCUUCUGCUCCGUGACAAUCCUCAGCUUCCCUGCCAUUGCUUUGGACAGGUACUAUUCUGUUCUCUAUCCACUGGAGAGGAAAAUAUCUGAUGCCAAGUCCCGUGAACUAGUGAUAUAUAUCUGGGCACACGCGGUGGUGGCCAGUGUCCCGGUGUUUGCAGUGACCAAUGUGGCUGACAUCUACGCUAUGUCCACUUGCACGGAAGUCUGGAGCAACUCCCUGGGCCACCUGGUCUAUGUCCUCAUCUACAACGUCACCACAGUCAUUGUGCCUGUGGCUGUGGUCUUCCUCUUCCUGAUCCUGAUCAGACGGGCCCUCAGUGCAAGCCAGAAGAAAAAGGUCAUCAUAGCUGCCCUGCGGACCCCACAGAACACCAUCUCCAUCCCCUAUGCCUCCCAGCGCGAGGCUGAACUGCACGCCACACUGCUGUCCAUGGUGAUGGUCUUCAUCUUGUGUAGCGUGCCUUAUGCCACCCUCGUGGUCUAUCAGACUGUGCUCAAUGUUCCCAACACUUCUGUCUUCUUGCUGCUCACUGCCAUUUGGCUGCCCAAAGUCUCUCUGCUGGCGAACCCCGUGCUCUUUCUUACUGUGAACAAAUCUGUCCGCAAGUGCUUGAUGGGGACCUUGGUGCAGUUGCACCACCGCUAUAGCCGCCGGAAUGUAGUUAGCACGGGGAGCAGCAUGCCCGAUGCCAGCCUGGAACCCAGCAUGCGGUCGGGCAGCCAGCUGCUAGAGAUGUUCCACAUCGGGCAGCAGGAAAUCUUUAAGUCUACAGAGGAUGAGGAAGAGAGUGAAGCCAAAUAUGCCGGUUCAGCUGACAUCCAAGCCAAGGAAAUUCUUCCUGGCUGCCUAGACCAAGAACAGGGGUCACGGUUUGUACCCCUGGCCCCACCCCCAGGCGUGGUGGACUCUACAUCCCAGGUGGCCCCAAUAGGUGCUAUGGAUCCCGAGAUAUUUCCUGACAAGUACUCCCUGCAGUUUGGCUUUGGGCCUUUUGAGCUGCCUCCUCAGUGGCUCUCGGAGAGCCGGCACAGCAAGAAGAGGCUGCUCCCACCAUUGGGGAACACCCCAGAAGAGCUAAUCCAGACAAAGAUACCCAGGGUGGGCAGGGUGGAGCGGAAGAUGACCAGAAACAACAAAGUGAGCAUCUUCCCCAAGGUAGACUCCUAGCCAGGACUAUGGAACCCUGGAAGAAGCCAGGAGGCUUGUGUUCUUGUCUCUUCCCCAUUCCCUCCCCCUACCCCAACACGCACAGUCUGGCCCUACAGUUUGUGUGAUCUCUUCACAGCCACCAGCCACUCCAGGUUGAUCCUCCUGUGUGACCCUACAUCUUCUGAUGGAAAGAAAUUCCGUAUCACAUUAGAUGUGCUCAUUUGGAAGGAGUGCU